GUGCCACCUGUCAUGGAUGCAGCCAUGGAGUUGGAGAACGAUGACAGAGUGCUCGAGACUACGGACGGAUCGUCCACUCUGAACGAAGGAUGGUACAUGUCCUAUCCCAUGAGUUUCCAGGUCUCCCUGACCAGCUUCCUGAUGCUGGAGAUAGUGCUGGGUUUCAGCAGCAACCUGACUGUCCUGGUCCUCUACUGCAUGCAGUCGAACCUGGUGGAUUCGGUCAGCAACAUCGUGACCAUGAACCUUCAUGUCCUGGACAUCAUCAUCUGCUUGGUGUGUGUCCCGUUGACCAUCAUCAUCAUCCUCAUGCCCCUGGAGCAGAACAUCGCCUUGAUCUGCUGCUUCCACGAGGCGUGUGUGACCUUCACCAGCAUCGCCACCGCCGUCAACGUCCUCGUCAUCAGCCUGGACCGGUACGACAUCUCGGUCAGGCCCGCCAAUAGGGUCUUGACUCCGAGCAGGACCAUCUUGCUGCUGGUGUCGGUCUGGCUGGUGUCGUUGAUGGUCUUUUUUGUCCCCUUUAUUGAGGUGGAGUUCUUCUCCGACUCCGACCACAGCACCACCUGGCAGAACCAGACCCUCCUGUGCGUCAGCACCAACGAGUACCACAGGGAGCUGGGCAUGUACUUCCACCUCUUCAUCCAGAUCCCCAGCUUCUUCGUGGCGGUGGUCGUCAUGUUGAUCACCUACUCCAAAAUACUCCAGGCCCUGAACAUCAAAAUCGGAUCGCACUUCACACGGGGCCAGAAACGCAAGUCUAGAAGCAAGCAGCAGAAGAAGAAGAAGAAGGCGGAAGCUGCCCCGUUGUCCACGAGCUGUCAGUAUGAGACCAAACGACUGACCACCCCGGCUCCCCAGGCCGUGCAGAAUCCGCCUUUGGGGGUCUCGGCGUCCGUCUCCGUCAUCAUCGCGCUACGGCGGGCGGUCAAACGCCACCGCGAUCGACGGGAGCGUCAGAAGCGGGUCUUCAGGAUGUCCCUGAUAAUCAUCUCCACCUUCCUGGUGUGCUGGGCUCCGAUCUCAGUGAUCAACCUUCUCAUUUUGUGUCUGGGACCGAGCGACUGGCUGGUGAAGCUCAGGAUCUGCUUCCUGGCCAUGGCUUACGGCACCACCAUAUUCCACCCUCUCCUAUACGCCUUCACCAGGCAGAAACUCCGCAAGGUCCUCAAGAACAAGAUGAAGAAGAGGGUGGUCUCCGUGUUGCAGGUAGACCCAGCCCCCAGCGGGACAAUUAUACACAAUUCCUGGGUGGACCCCCGCAAAGCGCGGAAAGUGAAACUGGAAUGCAGUGAUGCCACUGACCGCUGCCUGACUGAGGCCGUCAAAGAGUGACUCGUUCCUGGUCCGUUUCGAAGGCUCUAUCAGGCAGACAUUUACCGCCGCACCACCUGUAAGCUCUAGUGGUGCAAGAAUUGCUUAAAUCCGUGCUUUACUCCACCGUUAAGGUUCACUCACAAGUCCGAGAUACAGUAGUUCCUAGAUUAGCGCAAGCUGACUUGAAAUUGAGCACAUUUAGUGUCCAAUUACCUGAGUAGGCAGCAGAUAUAAGCCAUGUUUGAAGCCAACGUUUGUACUUAUUGUUAGAGGAAGGGAUACAAAUAGGAUUAUUGCACAGUGUUCAAAGCUUGUCUGCCUCAGCUGUUCCAAUAGUCUUAGUCUUAAAGCAAAUUGGAUGAAGUCCAGCACAAACCGAUGAAUAGAACUGGGUAGAAAUGAACAGGAUCACCAUUACCAGCGAGUUAGAAGAGCAAUAGAUCGAGUUGGUUUAGGUUAAACUUACCUGUCUAUUUUCCUUAAUCAAUCGCUUUCUCCCAAGGAGAAGGAAGCCAUCCCAUAAUGUCCCCAUCUGCUAGUCUUUUCUACUUAGUGCGUAUACCAAUGUAGGUUUUAGUUCGAGACAAGAGUGUAGGAUGUCCAAAGGUCUCCAUGGCAAUGGGGUGAAUUGUUCUAUAAUUUACAGACAAAAAGGCGUGUGUUUGUAGAACGGAACUGGUUCUCUUCCAGAACCCUCGUCCAUUUCCCUACUAUCAGAGGAGAUACUCAUUGCACCCGUAAAACUGACAAAAUGUCUCCAGUGUAGCUAGAGCAUGUCAGCCAACAUGCGGUGUGCACGCAAAACCUACUCUUUAUCACAGACGCAACUCACCACGUUCGUAUCUCCUGGGGUCAGUAUUGGCUUUGAUUGAACCCCAAAGUCAACAAAGCAAAAAUUCCAGAACCCUUACGCCAACUGUUCAGUUCUGACCUACUUCCUUAAGAGUAAUGUUUAAUUCCCUCUGCCAAACACAACCAAGCGCUCCGGGAUGCUAACCUGCGUGAAGACCGCUAUAUACGUGCAAGUUGUUGAUGUUGUUGUUGUUGUUGUUGAGCAAACCACUGGCCAGAGGACAUCAUGUGGAUUCCAGAAAUGACAGCAUUUUUUUUAAAUGAAUGAAUUCUACACCGAUAAUUAA